AUGAGCGACCCUGAUAACCCAAGCAUUUGUCAAAGAAGCACCCCCCAGUGGUCUCUGUACCAGCGCGAGAACUUCUGGAAAGCCAACGAGGGCGAGGCACCGCCUUUCAACACCGACCCCGAAAAGCUCGAGGAGAAAGCCAGGGAAGUUCUCAGCCAGGGAGGAUGGUACUAUGCGUCCUCGAAUGCCGGGCUAUCCAACACCCACCUCGCCAACCGGCAGGCCUUCUACCGCCACCGGCUCAUUCCUCGACAGCUCGUCGACACCAAUCUGCGAGACACAUCGACCACGAUCUUCGGCCACACAGUCAGCGCACCCAUUGGGUUUGCUCCCAUCGGCAUCAACAAGAUCUACCACCACCUAGCGGAAGUGCCCGUCGCAAAAGUGGCCGGCGAGCUGAAUCUGCCAUACUGUCUGUCGACAGCGGGGAGCACGCCCAUCGAGACCGUGGGCGCAGCAAACGGCGAGUCUAACCCGAGGUUCUUCCAACUGUAUAUGCCUCAUGACGACGAGCUGACGCUCUCCCUGAUGACUCGCGCUUGGGGGAACGGGUUCGACGUCCUGAUCCUGACGACGGAUACAUGGCAGUUGGGAUGGAGACAUGACGAUGUCGCCCAUUCGAAUUAUGCCUUUUACCGCGGGAUGGGCGCCGAUCUAGGGUUGUCAGACCCGGUCUUCCAGAGACGGUGUCGAGAGAAUGGAAUCGACCCGGAAAAGGAUGCCGUGGCUGCGUCGACCAAGUGGAUCGACUCCAUUUGGCAUGGCCGAGCGUGGUCAUGGGAGAAGAUCCCUUGGUUGAUCAAGGAAUGGAAGCGUAUUUCUGGGGGCAGGCCCUUUGUGAUCAAAGGGAUCCAGUCGGUUGCGGACGCAAAGAAGUGUGCUGAAUACGGAGUGGAUGGAAUCGUGGUCAGUAAUCAUGCCGGGAGACAGGUUGACGGGGCUAUAGCCAGCUUGGAUGCCCUGGAGAACAUUGUCGAGGCAGUAAACGACCGGAUCUAUAUCAUGUACGACUCGGGCAUUCGGGGCGCCAGUGACGUCGUCAAAGCACUCGCGUUGGGUGCAAAGUUCGUAUUUGUUGGCCGGCUGUGGGUUUGGGGGCUUAGUAUCAAGGGCGAGGAAGGUGUUCGACAUGUCAUGAAGUCGCUGUUGGCAGACUUUGAUAUUCUCAUGGCAGUUGCUGGGUUUAACAGCGUCAAGGAGUUUGAUCGCUCAGUCCUUGAAUCAUACCCCAGGUCAUAUCCAUUGAUACCUCAGAAGGUACUUUGA